AUUGUGAAGCAAGAUUGUAGAUCGACGGUACCGGUACGGUCGUUCGUAAAGCCGGAGCUGAAUCCCCGGGGCUGAAUCCACCAGACACAGAGAGCUGUUUAGUCAACUAUAAAGUCCUGCCACUAUCAUGACUAUUUGGUAAUUAAUGCCAGGUGAUUGAUGGAGUGAAAUUUCUUGUGUACGUGCUGUGAUGUUUCUCUUUGUGAGUAGACUGUAGUUGGCAGACAAAAGACAAUGGAUGCUUUGGAUAAUUCAAAUUUCCCAACCGCCCAAGCCAUGUCGCUGAUUCCUGUGGCACCCUCUGCCCUCCCUCCAAAUCCCAGUGCUUUACGAUCUCCGCCCAGUGUUACAAUACCAGUACCAACCAGUGGUGGUUUGAAAGGGGCGUCGUCCUCCAAACCAGGGCGCUAUGAAGCAGGGGUGGACACCACACCCCUUACCCCUCCCAGCUCCUCACACAACCUUCAGCUGGUAUUUGAUUCCAGCAAAAUCUAUGAUAACCAUCCGAGGAAGUACAGAUUACUUUUAGAACUUGACAAGGAUAAUAGUGUCAAUAGCAAGAACAUUUCCAAGUCGGCACUGUCUGCUACCAAUGCCACUCGUACCCAGCAACCCUCCCCUCCAUCUGUCAUUGUUGAAGAUGGGCAAGUCAUAGCCAUGGGAACCACAAGCAGUGGUCCAUCAGCUGGUCCUAGCCCCACACCUGAUCCAGCAGCUGCACCACCAAAGUCGUUACCCACCUCAGGAGCCCCGUUCACACUCUCUGAAGCGGUCUCAUCCCUUGCUAUCAAGAAAGAAAAAGGUGAAUCAAAGUAUGUACCUCAGGAGUUUCUGAAAACCUUCAAAGCAGCCACAACUCUUGGUCCUCCAUCAAAUCAGAAAAAUCAACAAAGAUCAGGAUCCUAUUCUGGCCCGUCAUCUUCGUCUGCAGAGAUCCCCUUGGCAGUAGGCAUACCAAGUUCAGGGAUUGUCCGAGAAAGCCUGGCACCAAUACCAAAAAUUGUUACUCCAGAAAGCUGCGGAGCAAAUGCCCCAGCUGGAUGCACCGUCUUGCAACCGGAACCCCGUCGUCUCUUUGGCUUUGGACCCCUCUACCGCCCUCUCCCAGAAACCGUCUGUGCCACUGGUGAGCGUCGCCAGAGCAGCCCCACCCUCCAUGUGCCUGGGAAUCUGUCAGAAGCUGUGGGUAGGGAAGGGAUCACUGGGGCAGGGUACUCAGGAGCUAGGAGAGCCAGUGAUUGCCCUGAUGGGGUUGCUCCAGGAACUGAUGGACAUAAGAAAAAGAGCCCCACCCCUGCAGAACUCAAUGUGUGGCUUGGUGGAUCAUUCUAGCAGGACGCAAAGAAGGGGUUUGCCCUAUUUAGAUCAUCGGGGUGGGGUAUCUCUGGCAGUAGUACCAUUCAGGGUAUUGGCAAUCGGGGUGCUUCAGAAGAUGGCUAUAACACUCCUAAGAACAUGAUGGCAGAUGAGGCAAAUGAUGUGAUAGGACACUAACCCUACAUAAUAGGUCAUCUUUUCAACCUCUUGCACCUACAUGUACCUUAGCCAUUGCACAGCGAUAUCUGUAAAAGAGGCAUUGCAGAGUACUUUAUUUUAACCCUAACUAGGCCGGGCUUUUUUUGCUGUUCUGUGGCCGGGGGGUUGAUUCAACCCCCCCCCCUGAGAUAUAGGCCGCCGAUCGCGCGAGCGCCGCAAAAAUUUGCACGCUGGUAGUGUGCGAUGUAAUCUACAAGGCUGUAUGGUAAAAUUUUCCAAAAUAAUAAGAUUUUAUUUUAUAUGAAUUAAUUAUGCUAAUUUAUGCAUAAAUCAUACUUUUUGCUCUAAUUCACUUAAUAAAGCUCAUAGAAUGCUACUUUUUGGUAAAAAUAUUCUUAGUAGCAUUUUUAACAAUGGCAAUUGAAAAAAACUUCGGUUUGAAAUCAAUUUCUUAUGUAUUUUAUUGUUUUAUGAAUUUCUUAUGUAUUUCUUUCUUUUUCAACCUUUUGUUUUUCUUUGUUUUUUUCACCAGAUUUAUUGCACAACCUUUUUGAAGCAUAAUUAUGCUAAAUUCAAUUGCUUUCAGCUGUUUAAAGUAAAAAUAAUCAUAUCUUUAUGAAUAAGAUGAGAAAACUCAAUUUGCAUUGACUUUGUACACAAAAUCACGUUUUGGAAAAAUUUUUGGUCUGACAUGCACUUACAAAAUGUUACGUAAUUUCGGAACCGCGUACCCGGGCGUCGUAAAUUU